AUGAGCAUGGCAGGCUUGGUGCUCCUGGGGCUCACCCUGAGGCUUGGGGCCACCUCUGCUAAGCUGGAAGACAGCAGCUUCUGCCCGAAGAGCCAGGUGGCCUUCAGAGAUGCUUGCUAUGAAUUUGUGCCACUCGGGCGCACCUUCCAUGGUGCCCAGAGCUGGUGCGAGGGGCAGGGCGGCCACCUGGUCUUCAUUCGCGAUGAGGACACCCAGCGGUUCCUGCAGAAGCACAUCUCCCAGGACAGGGAGUGGUGGGUUGGACUCACCAGGAACUCAGCGCAGAAUGGAACCACAGAAGGGCUGAUGACCUGGCUGGACGCAUCGAACGUGAGCUACAGUAACUGGCAGGAAGGCCAGGCCACACCUGCCCCUGGCACCUGCGGCUACAUCGCGAGAGGCCCCUCCUCGGAGUGGGCGGCCGGACCCUGCGCUCAGGCCUUCGCCUUCAUCUGCGAAUUCGGGCUCGGCUGGAGCCUGGCCUGCGAGGGCCUCAACGCCACCAUGCACUGCGGCUCGGGGCAGGUCAUCCAGGUCCGGGACGCCAUCUUCGGGCGCCAGACGCCUCAUUAUUGCACCCAGGAAGCCAAGCACCCCUCAGACCUGGGGGAGGACUGCAGCUGGGCCAGCGUCGGGGAUGAGGUGGCAGGCCAGUGCCAGGGGCUGCAGGCCUGCCAGGUGGCCGCAGAUGGGACCUACUUUGGAGACCUCUGCCCGACUCAGGGCAGCUACCUGCGGGUGCAGUACCAGUGCUGGGAAGGCUUGCAGCUGAGGGUGCCCGAGGAGAGUUUCAUCUCUGACAACGUCACCAUCUCCCUGACAUGGCUCCUGUCUCCCUACGUUGGAAACCUGUCCUGUGUACUUAGUAUGGGAGAUGGCCACACUCUCGAUCCCUAUUACCCCCCCAGUUUGUCCAGCAACGUGACCCACCAGUUCACAUCUCCCGGGGAGUUCACCGUGUUUGCCGAGUGCACGACCAGCGAGUGGCACGUGACAGCUCAGAAGCAAGUGACACUGCGAGACAAGAGGGCGGAGCUCAGUGUGACCGGGUGCUCCGGCCUGUUCAGCUCAGGAGCCAGCCCCCUCUGCCAGGCAGUCUUCGGGGACCCUCUGUGGAUUCAGGUGGAGCUCCGUGGAGGAGCAGAGGUGACUUAUGCUGUGCUAUUGGGUAACGUAACCCUGGCUGAGUCCACCACUCAGAGGACUUCACUACCUUAUAACCUCACCCUGGACAGAGAAACCCAGGAAUGGAUGGGGCCCGGGCUGCACCUCCUGGAGAUCCGAGCCAUGGGCAACACCACCAGCUCCGCACCUUCCAGAGAUAUUGCGAUCCACCUCGUGGAACUGUUGUCAGGGCUACAGGCCUCCUGGGCUUCUGACCAUUUGGAGCUUGGGCAAGACCUAUUGAUCAACGUCUCAGUGGCACAUGGCACCCCUGAGAAGCUGACCUUGGAGGUGACAGGACCCAGUGCAACCUUCUCCCAUGAAGAAGACAGCUUCGGGGAACCGUCUGGGACUUACCACGUGGUGGUCCCUGUUGAAGGCACCUUUCUGGUCACCGUGCUGGUGAAGAAUGCCUUCUCCAACUUGAGUUUGGAAGUCGGAAGCGUCACCAUCACAGCUCCCUUUAGGCACCAAGAACCAUCUGGAAUGAAUGCUGAGAAAAAGAAUAAAGGGAAAGACUACAUGGAGAUGUACAUUGAACCUGGUCUGUUCCUGGAUCCUUUCACGACAGUGACUCUGGGCUGGCCGGAUAAUGACAAGGAUUUAGGCUUCCAGUGGUCAUGUGGGCGUUGCUGGGCCCAGUGGAGUGACUGUGUGGCGAGGAGGCUGCUUCGCACUGACCAGAGGGAGCUGGUGGUGCCUCCGUCCUGCCUGCCGCUGCCCCCUGCUGCCGUCAGCCUGCGCCUGGCUGUCCUGAGAGGCCCAGAGCUGCAGCAGGAGGCGGAGUGCUGCCUCUACGUGUCCACUCCCCUGGAACUCAGGCCUCGAGUCAGCUGUGAGAAGAACUGCGGGCCGGUGAGAGCCGAUGAGGACGUUCUGCUCAGGGUCGCCAUGGCAGACGAGGACCUUGCCACCACGUUCAGCUGGUAUUUAGAUGACACCUCGUCAGGGAAGGUGCAGCCCCUCCCGGCCACCUGCGCGCUCCAAGGGCCGUGGCCAAGUUCUCCGAGGCUGCUCCAGAGCAAUGCCUCCACGCUGCUGCUCAAUGGCUCCCUCCUGCAGGCCUGGGGAGAGGUCCUCCGCAUCAGAGCCACAGCACUGACUGGGCACGCCUACGGGGAGGACACCUACGUGGUCAGCACUCUGCCUCUUCCCGAUGUGCCUGUCUGUGUCAUCAGCCCGGAGGAGGGCACCAUUCUGACAAGCUUUGCCGUCUUCUGCAACGCCUCCAUGGCCUCAGGCCCCUUGGAGUUCUGCUUCUGUCUGGAAUCAGGUCCCUGCCUACACUGUGGUCCGGAACCUGCCCUCCCAUCCGUCUAUCUGCCACUCGGAGAAGAACACAAUGACUUUGUCCUGACAGUGGUCAUUUCAGUCACCAAUCAUGCGGGAGACAGGCAGCAGACACAUGCAGUGGUUAAGGUGGGACUCGGAGACGCACGUGUGGAAGAUGUGGCAUUCCAGGCUGCCGUGUCGGAGAAGAUCAUGGCCGCCCUGCACAGUGCACGAGGGCCUGAGUGCCUCCUCCAGCUGGCCAGGUCCGUGAACUCCGCGCUCACCUGGGAGCUCCAGGGCCCGGCCUCGGGGGAGCCACCGAGAGCAGACGCCAGACAGAAGGUCAGAGAGCAUGUGCUGGGGGCGCUGUCCACCAUUGCCCCCAGCCUGGAGGACUUGAGGAUGGUGCAGGGGCUGGCCGAGGUGCUGACAGAGGUGACCCAGAGCAGCCAGGAGCUCACGCCCUUGGCCCGGUGGGAGGCCAGCCGGGCUCUGCAGCACGCCAGUGAGGCUCUGUUAGCAGUGAGUGCUGAAGCCCGUUCUGAGAACCAGAGGCACCAGGCGGCCACCACGGCCCUGUUUCAGGCUGUGGGCAGCGUGCUGGAAGCUUCCCUGCAUGGUGGACUGGAAAAGCCCAUGGGGGCCAACAGUAGCCAGAUGGACCCACUGCCCCAGCUGCUCGGGGCUGUAGAGCACGUGCAGACGGCCCUCCUGCUCAGGAGACUGCCCGGGGGCCUGCCGGCCACCUUGACCACCACCUCCAUCUCUGUGUAUGCCAACAGAAUACAGCCCUGGGGCUGGCGAGGCUCUGUGCAUAUCGCUGCUGCUGGCUCUGCGACCUUCACUCUGCCUGCUGCUGCCUCCCUUGGCCCUGUGGGGAAUGGCCAGGAGCCUGUGGACCUAAGGAUGAUGAGUUUCCCAAGGAGCCCUUUUCCAGCCUGUGGUCACUUCAAUGUCAGUGGAACUGUCGGUGGCCUCCAUCUGACCAGCCCUCGCGGACAGCCCAUACCCGUGAAGAAUCUGUCAGAGAAUAUCGAGAUCCUGCUGCCCCGGCUUCCGGAAGGACACAGCGGGCCGACUGUGUUGAGUCUGACCAAUCCCGAGGCUUUGUGGGUGAACCUAACCUCAGGAGAGGCGGCUUUGGGGGUCCAACUGCACUGGAGACCGGGUGUCGCACUCACGCUCAGGCUGGGCUAUGGUUACCACCCCAACGAGACCAGCUACGACGCCCAGACUCACCUGCCGCCCACGGCUGCCCCAGACGAGCUGUCCACGUGGAUCCUGAGCCCGGAAGACCUGCAUUUUGGAGAAGGCAUCUAUUAUCUGACCGUGGUCCCCGAGUCUGAGCUGGAGCUGGCCCCCAGCAGAAACCUCACAGUCGGCAUCAGCACCUUCCUGUCCCACUGCGUGUUCUGGGACGAGGUCCAGGAGAUGUGGGAUACCUCUGGGUGCCAGGUGGGGCCGUUGACGACCCCCUUCCAGGCCCACUGCCUCUGCAACCACCUCACCUUCUUUGGAAGCACGUUCCUGGUGAUGCCCAAUGCCAUCGACGUCCGCCAGACCACUGAGCUCUUUGCCACGUUUGAGGACAACCCUGUGGUGGUAACUGCUGUGGGCUGCCUCUGCGUGGCCUACGUGCUGGCGGUGAUCUGGGCGAGGAGGAAGGAUGCUCGAGAUCAGGCUAAGGUGAAGGUCACAGUGCUGGAGGACAACGAUCCCUUUGCCCAGUACCACUACCUGGUGACGGUCUACACCGGACACCGGCGAGGGGCAGCCACGUCCUCUAAGGUGACUGUCACUCUGUAUGGCCUGGAUGGAGAGAGCGAGCCCCACCACCUGUCAGACCCCGACACCCCAGUAUUUGAGCGAGGAGGAGUGGAUGUCUUCCUGCUCUCCACCCGGUUUCCCCUGGGGGAACUGCGAAGCCUCAGGCUGUGGCAUGACAACUCAGGGGACCGGCCAUCCUGGUACGUGGGCCGGGUGCUGGUCCACGACCUGGCAAUGGAUCGGAAGUGGUAUUUCCUCUGCAACUCGUGGCUGUCCAUCGACACUGGAGACUGUGUCCUCGACAAGGCAUUUGCAGUGGCCACCGAGCAGGACAGGAGACAAUUCAGCCACCUGUUCUUCAUGAAGACCUCCGUGGGCUUCCAGGAUGGACACCUGUGGUAUUCCGUCUUCAGCCGCUCAGCCCGGAGCAGUUUCACCUGUGUCCAGAGGGUGUCCUGCUGCUUCUCCCUGCUCCUGUGCACCAUGCUGACCAGCAUUAUGUUCUGGGGUGUCCCCAAGGACCCAGCUGAGCAAAAGAUGGACUUGGGUAAGAUCGAAUUCACGUGGCAGGAAGUGAUGAUCGGACUGGAGAGCUCCAUCCUCAUGUUCCCCAUCAACCUCCUCAUCGUGCAGAUCUUUCGAAACACCCGUCCCCGGGCCACCAAGGAGCAGAACACUGGGACAGGGAGCCAGGGGUCCCCCAAUCUGACCCCCUCACCGCAGCCCACGGAGGAUGGCCUUCUGACGCCUGAAGCAGUGACCAAGGACACGCAGAGACUGGUCAGCUCUCUGUUUAAAGCCCUGAAGGUGCCACUCCCUCCCUCGGGCUGGGACUCGCUCGGUGCAGUGGACAUCGACAAUCUCCUGGCCUUGGUGGAAGACGUCAUUUGCCCAGAGAACAAGGCAGACCCAGUGCUCUGGGAGAAAGUGAGAAGAGAGGACCCUCUGCCACUCACUCUUGUGUCUGUGCGAGAGAAACAGAAAGUGCAGCACUCCAAGCCCACAGUGGCCCGGAGAGGCCUUUGGAAGGACAGCACCUACGGGCAGUGUCUCUACCUCCAGCUGGAGCGCGUGGAGCAAGAGCUGCAGCUGGUGGGGCCCCAUGGCUUCCCAAGGAGCCACAGUCACGCCCAGGCCCUCAGGAGGCUGCAGACGCUGAAGAGCUGCCUGAAAGCACAGCCAGGCGCCACCACCCUGGUCUGCACCAGCCUCCCGCGGGCGAGCAAGCCCCCUGGCGGCCUGCCCUGGUGGUGCGUCCUGGUGGGCUGGCUCCUGGUGGGGGCCACCAGCGGCGUGGCGGCCUUCUUCACCAUGCUCUACGGCCUGCGCUACGGGCGGGCCAGCUCCCUCAGGUGGCUCAUCUCCAUGGCCGUGUCCUUCCUGGAGAGCGUGUUCAUCACCCAGCCCCUGAAGGUUCUGGGCUUUGCUGCUUUCUUCGCACUGGUCUUGAAGAAAGGGGAAGAUGAAGAGGAGACUGUGUCCCCCAUGCUGGGCAGUCUGACCAGCCCAGAGCCCCGUGCCUUUCUCCGAACACGAAGGAACAGCAACCAGGACACCUACCGGCCGCCCCUUCCCACCGCGGUAGAGAAGAUGAAAGCCGCCCGCCUCAGGGGACAGAAGGCAUUCGCCCUAAUCCGAGAGAUCUUGGCCUACCUGGGCUUCCUGUGGAUGCUGCUGCUGGUGGCCUAUGGCCAGAGAGACCCCCACGCCUACCACUUCCACAGGCACCUCGAGCACAGCUUCACCCAAGGCUUGUCAGCAGUGCUGGGCUUUCGAGAGUUCUUCGAAUGGGCCAACACCACCCUCGUGAGCAACCUCUACGGCCAACCCCCAGGCUUUGUCACUGAUGGGAACUCCAAGCUGGUGGGCAGUGCCCAGAUCCGCCAAGUGAGGGUCCGGGAAAGCUCCUGUCCUCUUGCCCAGCAGCUGCAGGCUUCUUUCACUGGAUGCCAUGCGCCAUAUUCCCUGGAUGCCGAAGAUCUGGAAGACUAUGGGGAAGGCUGGAAUGCCUCCGCCCUCAAUAACAGCAAUGGCUUUCCCUCGGCUUGGCAGUACCAGAGCCAGAGCCAACGUCAAGGGUAUCCCAUUUGGGGAAAACUCACUGUGUACCGGGGAGGAGGCUACGUGGUCCCCUUAGGGACUGAUCACCAGAAUGCAUCGAGAAUGCUCCAGUACCUCUUUGACAACACCUGGCUGGACACGCUGACCAGGGCUGUGUUCGUGGAGUUCACCGUCUACAACGCCAACGUCAACCUGUUCUGCAUCGUCACACUGACGCUUGAGACCAGCGCCCUGGGAACCUUCUUCACGCAUGCAGCCCUGCAGAGCCUCCGCCUGUACCCCUUCACUGACGGAUGGCACCCCUUUGUGGUGGCGGCCGAACUUCUUUACUUCCUCUUCCUCCUCUACUAUAUGGUGGUCCAGGGCAAGCUCAUGAGGAAGCAGAAGUGGGGCUAUUUCUGCAGCAAGUGGAACCUUCUGGAGCUGGCCAUCAUUCUGGCCAGCUGGAGCGCCCUGGCGGUGUUUGUGAAGAGGGCCAUCCUGGCAGAGCGUGACCUCCAGCGCUACCAGAGCCACAGGCAGGAGGGAGUUAGUUUCGGUGAGACAGCAGCAGCUGAUGCUGCCCUCGGCUACAUCAUCGCCUUCCUGGUUCUCCUAUCCACACUGAAGCUCUGGCAUCUGCUCAGGUUGAAUCCCAAGAUGAACAUGAUCACGGCGGCCCUACGUCGUGCCUGGGGUGACAUUUCAGGCUUUAUUGUCGUCAUCUUUAUCAUGCUCCUGGCUUACUCCAUUGCGUCCAACUUAAUAUUUGGUUGGAAACUCCGCUCCUACAAAACCCUCUUUGACGCAGCAGAAACGAUGAUCAGUCUCCAGCUAGGAAUCUUCAAUUAUGAGGAGGUCCUGGACCACAGCCCAGUGCUUGGCUCGUUCCUAAUUGGGUCCUGUGUCAUUUUUAUGAUGUUUGUGGUGCUGAAUUUGUUUAUCUCUGUCAUCCUGGUGGCCUUCAGUGAGGAGCAAAAAUACUAUCAGCUGUCAGAAGAAGAAGAGCUCAUUGAUUUGCUGCUGUUGAAAAUAUUCAGUUUCCUGGGUGUUAAAUGCAAAAGAGAGGUUCCUCGAAGAAGCAGCAGCAGCGAGCAGCCCGAGGCGCGGCCCGAGGCCAAGUCCCCUCCACCAGCAGUGGUUUUGCCCGAGGUCUAAGCUGUUCAUCCGCACAUGAUUGUCUGCAGGUCGCCCAAAAGCCAGAGCCCGGUCCCCUGAAACUGCCCAGAGAUCUUACCUUUUCUCCAGACUGUCAUUAUUUGUAGAAGUCACCAAGCCCCAAAGUUCAAAAGUGAGGGUAACGUACAUGCAAAAAUAGCCCCAUUCGUGAGUACUUGCGUGUUCAAAUGUAUUUCCUUCUAGAAAUAAAACGUUACACAGAGCUCAGGAAACCCAAUCUCCUCUACCAAAUCACCGUUGCAUCGUUUUUGUCCUUCAGGGGUUUCCUCUGAAGGAUUCUAGUUCAAGGCUUUUCAAACUUGGUCUGAGCAAUCAUCAGGAAACGCUCGUGGGUGUUGUAUUGUUUUUAUGGCUGUGGGGACAGUGUGUCGCCAACUGGGGGUUUAUGCAGCAGGUAUGAAUGCCUCACAGCUCUGGACAGUACAAGUCUGAGGUGUCGGCAGGGCCGGGCUCCCUCGGAGGACUCUGAAGAAGAAUCUUGCACCUCUCCCAGCUUGUGCCAUUUGCUGGUAAGCCUCAGUGGUCCUCGGCUUGGAGACACAUCGACCCUGUCUCCACACAGGCCUUCUCCCUGUCUCUGUCUUAUCUUCUCAUAACAUCACCAGUAAUAUUGGAUCAAGGGCCUGCCCUUCUCCCCUAUGAUCUCUUAAGUAAUUACACCUGCAGUGACCUUGUAUGUCAGCACGGUCACCUUCAGAAGUUGACUUUGUCAUAGCGCCUUAGGGGACACAAUUCAAUCCAUAGCAGGUUGCCGGGGCCGCAAUCUGGGCUGGCUAAGAUGGAAGAUGGAUGUGUCAUGAAGACCCUGUUGGGGGUCUUCUCUGUCUCUGUCUCCCUUUUUCUCAUAGAAGAAAUAAACGUGAACAACAGGACACACACACUGCCUGUUUCUUUGGUGGGCCGGCCUGGCCUGUGACACAGCCCCACAUGGAUGCGAUCCUGUUCUCCCCUGAUGAAUUAGUGGGCAGCAUGGAUUGCAUCAUGCCACACUGGUUUGCACAAAAUAGCAAUUAAGGCAGAAUAUUGGCAUUAUAGAAGGCAUCCGAGAGCUGGAGUUUAGCGCAGAUCAGGGUGACCCAAUCAACAUCUCAGAGGCUGAAGCAGAUCUCCCUCCCGAACUCCUCUCUGGAUUGGAAACGUGCUUCCUCCUUUUGCAUAAACAAGAGUGAUUAACACUCCUACUGUCUUUGCUAAAUAUCCCAAAACUCCUUACCCUAAGAUGUUCCUUCAGUCGCCACACCCCUUGCUCUGAGCCAUGAGAACCUUUGAAUUCCAUUGUGUUUAGGUAGGGAUGGAAUACACCCUUAGGAAUGGUAAACCUGCUUGUUUUGCUUCUGUAAUUCGCUUUUGCUUUUACACUGUAAAACCCUACCCCCUACCCUUUCAAGUCCACUGCUCUUUGUUCUCAUGAUUGCACUGUCAACUGGAAAAGAGUGUGAUUUUUGCCUUUAUAAACACCCCUCACCUUGCACUUGGGGCUGCGGGGUUUUGAGAGACGAGUCCCCUCCCACAUGCCGCUGGCUUAGUCAAUAAAACUCCAAUAAAUUUGGUAGUGUCUGGAUGUCCUCUUCUUUCCGAGUAGACUAUAACAAGGCAAAGUACACAGAGCUCAAGAGGAUUCGUUUUCCAGCUGGCCUGGACGCCUGGUCCUCCUACCACCGCACGCAGUCACUUGAGCUAUCUGCCUUUCCUCUUCCUUUCUUGGACAAGUCCUGAAAUGAGGGUAGUACCUACCAGAGCGGGGUGGAGGAGGAUUGAAAGGUCGUGUUUGCACAGUGCCAGGCACGCAGCAAAGACUCGACAGGUGAUUCAGGUCACAGCACAGAUGUGCCAGCAAUCCCAGGUUUAUGAGUCGAUGGAAGCUCAGCGCAAUGACAGGGUGUCUUGUCAAUUAGGCAACCUCUCCAAGGUGCCCACCCUGUGAAAGUGUGGAGCUUCAAGGGUUUUUCACAUAGAGUUUCUUUGCUGACUCAUGUCCUUGCCAUAGUCUGUGUCAGAGGUGAAGUCUUUCCCAGAACUUCAUUAUUUUCUGUCUUCUUGGGCCAAGCUUUUCUUGGAAGGCCUUGGUCACCUGGCUGGCUGAUUAAGCAAGGAACUGUUCCCUGGGUCUCACCUCUCUGCCUUUUGUUUUUGAAUUUUGCCAGAGGGCACGUGGGCGAGCCAGGAAGACAGGACAGUGAGAAUGGGAGAGAGAAAUCAUCCCUUUGCCAUCUUGCUUUCCUUUCCAAAUUGUGGUUAGGCCAUGCACAUGCCUGGAAAGUUUCUAAAACUGCUGGGUCAGGUACUUGAAUCUCUGGGUCAAACAUGAGAGAGCCGGCUGCCUUAAUUAACCACGAGGCCAUGGAGCCAGGUCACUUUGUCUUUUGGACAUUCCUACAUCCAUGACUGGCUCGGAUCCAGUCUCCCCCAACAGGCUGCAGUCAACCCACAGACAGGUCUUUUCCACUCUAGAAGCUUCUUGACUCUGUCCCAUUUGGGGUCCCUGGAACUCUUGAGAUCAGUGGAGUAAUGAAUUAGGUUCUGGACUGUUCACAGUAUUUCUAAACGUCAGAGGAACUGCGUGUGUCAGUGCGACUCUGGCUGAAGCCCAAAACAGACCUCAGUUGGAAGGACUCUGGUUGGAGCUGGCUACGAACCAGGCCCUGGGUGACCUUGAUUUUCUGUGCAAGUGCAGGACCCCACCCUCUAACGGACUGGGGCGCCUUCCUUGCCCAAGGACCCCGGGACUCAGCGGCUUGUGAGCAUGCGGGCCCAACGGACUCUCCCUGCCUGGAACCCCUCCGGGCGAGGGCAGUGACCAGGUCCUCCUCACCCGCGGGGCUGCUGAGCAAGCACUUCCACCCGCUGAGAACCGGCACCCGG